UUAAGAUAAUAGAUACUAAAGUCCGUGGUAAACAUCAUUUCAUAUUUUAAUUUUUAACCAUUAAAAUAUUAUCACACAAUUACUCACAAAAAAAAAAAAACAACAUUAGAUGUACCUGUAAUGGUUUAAAAUUCCUAAACGCAAAUAAUGCAACAUUAUUGAAGUUCCUAUUAAAAGUUCUAACUGCGAUUAUUAAUUAAAUCGAAUACAGAUGGCUUCUACUUCAGGUCCAUCAGGAUCUGAAAAUCCCACCGAUAACUUGAAAAAAGAACCGUCCAAAGGUAUCCUAAAACCUUCAGUCAGUUAUGAAGAAAAAGAAAAACAGAAAAAAAUUGCUAACAAGUCUGCCAAAUGGGACGAAAUGAAUAUAUUAAAGACUUUACAUCCACCGGAUAAAGAUUAUGGACACAUGAAAGUGGAUGAACCUAAGACACCUUACGAACGAGAAGUUAAUGAAGAUGAUGACGAAAUGGACAGCGGCGUAAAUGCAGAGGAGUUGAGGAAAAGAAUUGAGGAAGGAGGUAGACGGAAAAGUAGUUCAUUCCAAUCAGAAGAAGAAGCUGAAUCUGAAGAUGAAUCUCCAGAAGAUAAAAUUACGAGAGAAAUUUUUGAACAAAAAAGAAAGGAACAUUAUAAUGAAUUCCAGACUGCAAAAAUACUGGCCAAGCAAAUGAUGGAUGAAGAUGAAGAUGAAAAUGAUGAUACUAAUAAAUCAAAUGAAGCUAGUCUGGACUACAAAAAAGUGAUUCAAUAAUUCGAAAAACACAAAAAUUAUGGAGUUUGAAACAGAAAAACUUUUUUUUGUAUAAAUGAUAUCAA